CGAAGUUCGCUGGGUCAGCUAGUAAGUAAAUAAAAAUCUCGCAAAUUCCGCCAGUUUCCUUAUAAUGCACAUGAUAACAUUCAGAGGUUUACGCAAGCUUCCUUACUUGCCAAACACAAGCGGUGCGUAUAGCACGUAACGGAUUGUUUGGUUUGUUUAGAAAAUAAGAGUGUUUAUAACCGAGAGUUAAUAAUUAAGUAGGUACAGUGUUAUCUGUAGUGUUUUCCAUUAAUCCAGAGAGUAAUAAGCCGCCGCUGUUGUCAAGUUCCAGUGUUCGCUGUGACAACAUAAAGGUUGUCAUGGCGGUGAACAAGGUGAACGAAGAUCUCCUGAGGGAGAGAGCCAGGUAUACCUUCAAUAUAGAGGAGUUAACGAACUUCAUCGAUGGAGGAGAGGAGGGAACUCGCAAUAGGAGAGAAGUGGAGGACAUGGUGAUUCAUGUUAAGGAGUUGCAUGAUGAGGUGCCGGAAGAUUAUCUAAGUCAUAAAGAACGUUAUGAGAACGCAGUGAAGAAGGGCUGCAUACUCAUCGAUUUACUCAAAGAGCACGUACUCAGGCACAGUUCCUUCGAUGCAUACAAGCCAUCGAAUAUGUACCGGGUGCUAUCGAUGGCGAAGGAGGUGUCUCCGGUCUUACUCCACAUGGGCAUGUUCGUGCCCACCAUAUUCGGACAAGCUUCCGCCGAGCAGCAGGAGGAAUGGCUGCAUAAGGCACUCAUGCUAGAGAUCAUCGGCACAUAUGCGCAGACUGAACUGGGUCACGGGACAUUCCUCCGAGGUCUGGAGACCACGGCGACAUAUGACCCAAGUACUGAAGAGUUUGUGCUGCACAGUCCAACACUCACUUCGUACAAGUGGUGGCCCGGUGGAUUAGGACAAACGGCUAACCACUGCAUCGUAGUGGCGCAACUGUACAGUAGAGAAAAGUGCUACGGCGUCCAUGCGUUCUUAGUUCAGAUCAGGGACAGCGAGACCCAUAUGCCUCUGCCCGGCAUCAAAGUAGGUGACAUUGGUCCCAAGCUGGGCUUUCAAACGGCUAACAAUGGGUUCCUCGGCUUCGACCACUUCAGGAUACCGAGAAAGAACAUGUUGAUGAGGAACGCUCAAGUGCUGAAGGACGGCAGGUACGUGAAGUCCAAGAGCGACAAGCUGACGUACGGCACGAUGAUGCUGGUGCGCGUGAUGAUCGUCAGCGACGCCGCGUACGAGCUGUCCCGCGCCGCCACCAUCGCCGCGCGCUACUCCGCCGUACGCCGCCAGUCCAUGCCCCGGCCCGGUCAACCCGAACCCCAGAUCCUGGACUACGUGACGCAGCAGCACAAAGUGUUCAUAGCGAUCGCGACGAGCCACGCGCUGCGCCUCACCGGCGGCUGGCUGUGGGACGCCUACUCCAGCCUCACGCACGACCUGGACCAAGGGAACCUUGACCAGUUACCCGAAUUGCACGCACUAGCUUGUUGCUUGAAGGCAAUAAGCAGUCGCGACUCCAACAGCCUAGUGGAACAGUGCAGGAUGUCUUGCGGAGGUCACGGAUACAUGUCCUCGUCCAACUUCCCCACCAUAUACGGGGCCACCGCCGCCACCGUCACAUACGAGGGGGAGUACACCGUGAUGCUUCUGCAGACGGCCAGGUACCUUAUGAAGGCAUGGAAGGAGGCGUUAGGUGGAAUAGUGUUGACACCCACUGUAGCUUAUAUGGUCACCUACAAUAAGGCAAAACCAGCAUGGGUUAACACACCAGAAGCUAUAAUACAAGGAUUUCAUGCGGUUGCAGUUGGAAAAGUUAAGGAAGCUGCUGACGGUAUCGAGUACCACCAGAACAGCGGGAAAGAUUACGAGGACGCGUGGAAUGCAGCGUCAGUGAUGCUAGUCAAAGCUAGUGAGUGUUAUUGCCGCGCGAUCAUAUGCGAGACUUUCUGGAAAGAGAUCCAAAAACAUUCGAGGUCGAUGUCCCGGAAUCUGGCAGUGGUACUUCAGCAGCUGUCCGAAUUGUACCUGAGCUACUGGGUGUUAGAGAGGAGCGGGGACUUCUUUCAAGUGAGAACAGUACCCCUAACACGAACCAAGUUCGAAUUCGUAUCGUUUGCGAGUCCGAAAUGUCAUUGUCAAAUGUGUACUGGUUUUGUAGCUCAUAUUACAUCCGUUGUGGUGCUGGCUGUUCAAGUUUCAAUACAAAAUUUGACACUGACAUUUUGCACUCGCAAACGUAACGAAUUCGAUAUUGGUUCGUGCUAG